UUUCCCUUACAGCUUGCUUGCUUGUAUCUACAGACAUUUGCAAAAUUUUGUUUUUUUUUUUCUGAAAUUUUCGAAUGGGUUUCAUUCUGUUUCUACAGUUAUGGGUCUCUCUUUCUUCGUGUUUUAAGCUCUGUAGAAAGAGUUGAAAUGUAUUCAAGAAGAGAGCUGGAUGAUUUGGAGUACAGAUACUACUGUGAGCUGAAAGAUGGCACUCGCAAGGUCAAGAUCUCUGACUCUCUCUUCAGGUGUCCCUUCUGCUACUUAGACCGCAAGCGUGACUACAACUUUGACGACUUGCUUCGUCAUGCUUACAACAUCAGCGGUAGUUCCCGCACUAGAUAUCCUCAGAGGCGUGAUCCUUUGGCUGCUCGUAAUGAUGGUCUGAUGUUUGUGCAUCCAUGGAAAGGGAUCUUGGCCAACAUCAGUAGAACUUUUAGUGAGAAGACAAGGAAGUUCGCUGGCGAGAGUGGAAGCAAAAUUAGGGAAGAGUUUGUUAGCAAAGGGUUUAAUCCCCACAAGGUCGAGCCACUGUGGAACGGCAGAGUUGGUUUCACAGGUUUUGCGAUUGUUUACUUUGGCAAAGACUGGGAAGCUUACAGGAACGCCACCAUGUUUGAGAAGCACUUUGAAGUCAAUCAGUGUGGGAAGAGAGACUAUGAUUCUGCACGUGAUCGUGGCGAAGAGCUUUACGGUUGGAUAGCAAAAAGGGAGGACUACUACUCGAGAACUGUAGUUGGAGACCACCUCAGGAAGCAAGGGGACUUGGUGACUGUUUCUGGAAAAGAGGCAGAGCAACAAAGAAGGGCAUUCACGCUUGUCUCCAACUUGGAAAACACACUCGAGACUGAUGUAACCAAAAGCACUAACCUUGAAGAAAUAGAGAGCAAGUACAAAGAAACCAGUACAGAGCUUCAGAGGAGUAUGAAAGAGAAGGAUGAAAUGAUCAACGCUCAUAAUGAAAAGAUGAGUAGCAUGCAGCAAAAGGCGCGUGAUUAUUUGGCGAGUGUGAAAAAUGAACAUGAGAAGGCAGCUCAGCAUCUGGAAGCUCAAAGGAAAGAGUUUGAAGAGAGGGAGAGAUACCUUGAUAAAUGUCAAACGCUGAACAAAACUGAGCGACGAAAGCUUCAAUGGCAAAAACAGAAGAACUUAAUGGCUACUGAAGAGCAAAACAAAGCUGAUGAAGAAAUGACGAGAUUGGCUAAACAGCAACAGAGGGAGAAAGAUGAGUUACGGAGAGUCAAAAAGCUGGAGAAGAAACUGGAUGAUGAGCUGGCACUGGAGCUGGAGAUAGAGAGAAUGAGGGGUGGGCUGCAGGUGAUGGGACACAUGGAAGAUCCUGAUAUGAAGGAAGAGAUAGAAAAGACCAAAGAAAAACUAAGGGAGAAAGAAGAGGAAUCAGAAUACCAAGAGUCAAUACUUCAAGCUCUUGUUGUUAAACAUGGCUAUACUAACGAUGAGCUUCAGGAUGCUCGCAAGGCUUUGAUCAGAUCAAUGUAAGAGUUGACAUUACGUGGUCAGAUAUCUGUGAAGAGAAUGGGAGCAUUGGAUGAGAAACCGUUCUAAAAACUAGCUAAAGAGAGAUAUCUAGCUGAAGAAGCUGAUGUUGAAGCAGCAACUCUCUGUUCCUUGUGGGACAACCACUUGAGAGACUCGGCUUGGCAUCCAAUUAAGGUCAUCCAAAUAGACGGAAUCCACAAGUACGUGCUGGAUGAAGAGGAUGAGAAGCUGAAGGAACUGAAGAAAGAGCUGGGGGACGAAGUGUUUGAAGCAGUGACACAAGCGCUGAUGGAGAGGAACGAGUACAAUGGAAGUGGAAGGUACAUAGUGCCUGAGCUUUGGAACUUCAAAGAAGGAAGAAAAGCAACUCUCAAAGAAGGUGUGGUUUAUCUGAUGAAGUUGUGGACGCACCUCAAGCCAAAGCCAAAGCGAAAGCGUAAGUAACAAACAAAAAAAGAAUCUGAAACCGAGUUUGUUGCCGAUGGGUUGAUACUCCUAUAUUACGACUUAAGUGAGUUCUUAUGAUUUAUAUUCCACAAGAGUAGAGAAACAGUUGUUAAGGUGAGAUCUUGGACGCAGAUGUUUAUAAUCUAAUGUGCUUGGUUUAUGACUUCGUUCCCCUGAAUUACAUAUAACAAACAGCUAUUUAAACAACGCUUA